AUGGGGUCUGGCCUAUCCUUCGACAUUUUUCCAGACGAGGGAGAGAACAAAAGCGAAGAGGGUAUCCAGCAGCGUCGAGACACGCUUUCUAGCUCCCCAACCAAGCAGAAGCAAAAGCGAAGCCUCAAAACGUCACAAGUCAACUCCCUCCUUCUUCCAACCCAGCAAAGACCACGCCAACGACCGAGCUCCAAAAUAGAACAAGAUGAUUAUGACAAGGAAAAUGAUAUUACGGGGGAUGCGACCGAGCCAUACACGCCUGAAAGGAGCCCCGGUCACAGACCACCGUUAAGACAAAACAACGCACGCACACCAGCCAGACGCCGAGAGGUGCAGAGAGCUAGGAGCCGCACAGGGUCUCAGAGCACAAACCAAGACAGCAGUGAUGAGAAUGGCUUUGACUCACUUGACGAGUUUGUCGUUAGCGACAAUGAAGAAAUUAGUUACCAUGAGACAUCCGACUCUGAGCCAGAAAAUGAUAAAGCGCCAACACCACCUCCACCGAAAUCCGCCCGCAGGAGACUGAUCAGGGGAAGGAAGCCAAAUGCCGACACGGAUUUGCCGUUUCGCAAGAGUUCAUCACCAAAAACCAGCCCCAUCUUGGCGCUGAAGCAAUCUCACGUGCAAUCACCGGCGAAAUCGAUGAAAACCACCAAGAAUCUGUUUCAGGACGACUUUGAGCUCUCUAAAAAGCUCAGAACACUGAUUCUAGAAGAUGGUGACAAUGGCUCUGCUCCCGAACUAGUAAAGAAGACGACAGAGUAUGUUAUUCUUCGCACACAUCCCUGCCAGGGAACUUGCCCGCUUACCAGAGACCAUAGCUUCGUUAUUGAACCGAACUCACCACCAUCAGCCAUGAAUACAAUCGACAGCGUUUUCCAGACACCUCCAUCUACCCCAUCUCGAGGCCGUCAACUAUCACCGGGAAGACAAAAGAAUCGAAUUCCGCCUACUCCAUACAAGGAAGACGUCGAUGCUUUCUGGGACCAAGAAAAGACCAACAACUGGAUCGACCGGCACUCCCCCCACAAGAACCCGGCAACUGGGCUACCAAUCAUCGACUUACUCCGGGACUUUGAUGAUUCGGAUACAGAAAAAACUAGCCGUGGCUCUACCCCUAGCACCGAGCAAGAAUCGACACCCGCCGCAACAACCAAGCCUCCCAAGACACCAAGCAAGACAGCCCUCAAAAAGGCAGAGGCGGAGAAGAACAAGGCUGCCAAAGCCCGUCGACUGUCUUUCGAUAAUAAGAAGGCGGACUUCGCACAGACCUUUUUGACUGUUCUUGACAAUGCGGUAUCUGGAGGCAAGGUCGGCCAGAUUGCCGAAUCCACAGGAGGUGUCAAGAUUACCUGGUCCAAGACACUCCAGAAAACCGCAGGUCGGGCUUCUUGGAAGGGGGAGCGAAUCCGCGAUGCUAAUGGCCGGACCAUCAACAUCAAGCACCACGCUUCUAUCGAACUGGCCGAGCGCAUUAUUGACGACGAGUACCGACUGAUCAACACCCUUGCCCAUGAGUAUUGCCACCUGGCCAACUACAUGGUGUCUAAUGUCCACGACCAACCGCACGGUGCAAGCUUCAAGCAAUGGGGACUACAAUGCACGGAGGCUCUGCGAGACCAUCCUAUUUACGGUGGAAAGAUCAAUGUCACAACCAAGCACUCCUACAAGAUCGAUUACAAGUAUGUGUGGGCCUGUGUUGGAUGUGGCCAAACAUAUGGUCGCCAUUCAAAGAGUAUCGAUCCUACUCGGAGCCGCUGUGGUGAUCGUGCGUGCGGUGGUGGGUUGGAACAGAUUAAGCCGAAGCCUCGUAACGUAUCGCCUAAAAAGGGUACUACGCCGGCCGCGCAGCGGAAGGCGAUGGAGAAUGUGUCGAAGGAACUCGGUGGAUUCACUCUGUAA